CAUCUGUCUUCAUAUUGACUCUUAGCAGCUGUUGUAUAGGGCCCGAACCGAACCAUUUAAUUAAAAGGACCAUGGCAAUACAACAUUUUAUGCCCUGUAAAUGGAUUCUAAUUAAAGAAAUAGGUGUUUCAAGGGUUAGGUUAUGGGAUUUGAUGAUACUAAUUCCUAACAUUGUAUUUUCUUUAUUUUUGAUAUAUGGAUUCAAAAAGGCUAGAAUUAAAUUGAGAAUUACAAGGAUGCCAGUUAUAUCAACCUUUUAUUACUUAAUAUGGUUAUGCAAUCUUUUAAAUAUUCUAAGAUGUGUAGUAUACAUGUCUGUAUCAGCCAAAAAUCCUGUUGAAGAUACUAUAGACAAGUUAUUAUGGCUUAUACUACGAUUUUUUUUGCUUUCAACUGAAUUGUCUGUUUUAAUAUUUGGAUUGGCAUUUGGUAAGCUUGAAAGUCAGAAAAGUAUAAGAUGGGUUAUGUUUUUUGCAUCAAUGAUAUCAUUAAUAUUCUCAUUUAUACAGGGAUUCUUGGAAUUAUAUAUGCCCGACAAGCGUUUUAAUAUUGACAAUAAAGAUUAUGAUGUUUUUGCGCAAGGAGGCUCCAUAUUUUUAUUUGUUACCUCUGCCAUCUUCACAUGCAUGUAUCUGGGCAUUUUGAUGUUGCCGAAAACAAAAAUUAGGGAAAAAUUAUCCUUACCAACCAAGAAAACAUUUUAUUACUAUUGCGCUUUCUUGGCCAUCUUGAAUCUUAUGCAAACCUUGGGAUCGUGUAUGCUAAUUUUCGAUGUCCCAUUUUCCUUAUGUAUAAUAGAUACAACUUCCUACAUCUAUCUCAUAUCCUUCGCCCCAUUAGUCUACAGAACUUUUCUCAAAGGAGUCUUCAAAAUAACAUACGCUAGCCUGUUUGCUUAUCGACCUCAAAUCAAUCAAUCUUCUAUACGUUCUGGACUAUCCAACGAUACCAUCACUACCAACACUAAUGAUGACCUCACGAGUCUUCCCAAUCAUUCUUCUUUUUACAACGAAAAGGCUAACAUGCCUAGCUUCUCAUUGUGUGACAAUAAUAAUUUUUCUGACCCUACCCAGCACACGGAGAAGUUAGGACUCCAAGACCAAACGGAGGCCUCUUAUAGGUUAAAUUUCAGGAAUAAUUUACUUAACACGCUUCCCAGUCCUAUGAGUCCUAUGGUUCAAAAGUUUUUGCUCGAUCACACAAAACCGAAUUUAACACCAAUCAAUGAAGGAAACCACGACGUGACUUAUUCGAAAGAAAGCGAGAAUGAUACAAUUAAAGAUAGUGUAUGAGGAAAAUAAUUUUGCUUUUAUUUAUAAGAUAAAUAUUUACCAGUGUAUAUUUUUAUUCGAUGUUUGUUAUUUAUUUAUCAAAUGAAAUUUUGAUGUAAAUUCUCAUAAAUUAUAAUAUAUUAUUAUUUAAUAUAUAUAUAA